CAUUCAUGGAACACAGCACGGAACACUCCCUCCAAGAAUGCUUCUAACGGAUUCCUACCCAAAACCUCAUACAAUUAAAACCAGUUAGCGCUGUGUGGCCACUAACUUCCAGGAAGGGAACUGUUGGCUUCAGUUGUGGCUGUUUCUUCCAGGUGUAGAUCAGUUGUUUGUUGAAAAAGUGCAUACCUUCAAACUUACAAAUCUUUGGACUACAAAGGGAUAACUAACCAGGACAGCUUGGUCAAGAGUGAACACCUGCUAGCCAGCAGAAUGUGGUUCCUGGGAAAGAUCCGAGAGAGCAUGGAGAACAUUCCCCUAGAGCUUGGACGCUACGUGGGAAAGAGUGAGGAGGAGGAUCUCUCAGCCAAUGCCAGUCUCUCCAACAAGUUGCACAGUAACAUUCUGACUCCGGACAAAAUCCCGGAGUUCUGCUUGCCCCCUCGGCUGUGCAGGAGCCUAGUGGCAGCUGAACCCCACACUGUGAGUCAGAGGCUCACCAGUCGAGACUGUGGUGCAGUUGAUUUCUCUAAGACUCCGCAAGCUAAACAGGUUGAGGAAAUGAAGUUGACAAAAGUCAGUGGGGUGGCCUGGAGGGGUAAGAAACCACUGCCAUUCUCCGCAGAGGGCUACGGUUUGGCGGGGAUGUAUGAGAGUCCAAACACACGGAGGAAAGAGUCACUGUUUCACUCCGAGAGCACUGGCUACACACUGGACAGGACCCUACCCAGGCCCACCACAAGGGUGGCGAUAGAGCGAAACCAGUGUAAAGCACCCCCCAUCCAAUUGGGGCUUGAAUUUGGGCUCUCCUGUAAGAGCCUGUCGGAGUCAGGCAGCACAGAAAGCGAUACACCCUCCUCAAAUGACUCCUCCCCUUUGGGCUCUCCCCUGCUCAGCCGCUCUUGCUCUGGCCUCUCACUCUCUAUCAUUGCUGCCUGGGCGGAGGGUCACCCAGGUCUGCAGUCUGCCUCUGCCUUCAGUGGCACUUUGGGACUGGAAGGAGCCUCCCCAUGCUCUGCGGUUAACCCCAGAGGACGGAGGGGGGCGAUCUCACCCAUUCCCUCCAACUCCCUUAUCGAGCCCUGCUCCAGUCCUCCCUUCGUUGUCAACUCCCUGGCGCCCCCUGUCCUGUUCCCGCUGGACGUGCUCCACUGCCAGGAGCGGAUGCAGAGAGAACAUGUCCUCCCACUGCCGGAGGGCCGCGGCAGAGUCCGCCUCUCAGCCGAGCACACAUUGUCGCCUUCUCUUCUGUCCAUGGUAGUGCGAGUGAGGGUGGUGUCCGUGGAGGGUCUGAGGGAUGAAGGGGACCCCAGAGCCCUCCACUGCUGCCUCAGCCUGAGCUUAAGCCCAGGGAAGCUCCAGAGACAGGACAGCGCCACAAUCAGGAACUGCAGGAGCCCCGUGUUCAAUGAGGACUUUUUCUUCACUGAGCUGAGCCUGGACAGCCUGGGUGGCUUACGGCUCCAACUGAAGGUGUUAGACAAGGCCUCUGGGCUCAGACGGGGAACGGUGCUUGGGAUCAUCAUAACCGAACCCCUGGCCCAGCUACUGCCCCUGUGACCAGGGAGGAAAUAGCUUCUGCUUCAGCCAACCUCUCUAUGUGUUAUUGUUAUGCCUAGGGCCAGGACUUUUUCCUGACUAUGUCACCUGACCAGGGAAAACACCUAGUACUUGUUGUGGUUAUAUAGUGUACAUAGCCUAAUAAUCUCCAACCCCUCUGCUCUAGCAUAAUUAGCUUUAGCUACAAGCCAGUAAGUCCUAUCCAGGUCCCUAGCCAUGCAUAAUUAUUAAUCGUGGGAAAUGCGCUCUACAAAUUACAUUUGAUUAUUAUUAUUAUUAUAUUAUUAUUAUUAUUAUAAUGCUAUCUGUCUUUGUUGUUCCGGUAUGCUUCACUUAUGUGAAUAGUGAGAGCUAUGUGAAUCUUUAGAGACAUAGUAUUUGGAUUUACCAAGCAAAUGUUGUCUGCAAAACUGUGCAAAGCAAAUCGUGACAGAUCAUAGAAUGUUUUAUGGAGCAUAGUUUGUUUGACUGUUGUUCUGUGGUUCACUGCACCAUUAGGCUACUAAUCACUCAAAGGCAUUACUUUCCACAUUCUUACAAUGUGUACAUUGUGUGGGCAUUUAAAACUUUUCAACCUUGUUGGAAGGGCUUGACAGUCUGACAGAUAGUCAUUGACCAGGCAGGCAGAGG